AACAGCAUGGGGCCUGACCAGACUGCGCGGAUGCGCAGGCUGGUCUGGAUCUAUGCUGGUCGCAAACCCACUAUGUUGGUUUUCUCAUGGCACGGCUCAAAUGAUUUUGUCUCGGGAAGGUCUCAUAAGGAAGGAGACCCUAAACUCUAUUCGGGUGUGAAUAAUGAAGUUACACUGACGCAAGAUAAAGAGACACAGACGAUUGGAGAAAUAUUGAAGACAAGUGACCAAUUUCAAGAGGAAUUGAAAUAUCUUUCAAACGAAUUAGAUACCGAAAAAAAGAUGAGACUUGACAUGCAAGAGCUGAUGUUUUGUGGAUGGAGUGAAACAUAUAAUUACAGCAUAGAGAUAUCUAAACUAUAUAUGCAUCGUAACGAGAUGGGUUUGAAGUUUCUACGAUCAAAACUUCUUCGUGUAUACCCACAAUGCUUAUAUGAUGAUAUAUACUCGUAAAUUGAAAGGUGUGAAUUUGAAAAUAGGGAUAAAACACUGUCAGAGCAACUACACAAAAUAGCAUGCAGCUUCACAAGAAAAUUUCAUAUACAUCAACGCAUGGUGUUGGUUGAGAAAAAUAAACACUCGUCGGCGGCCGAUACAAAAUAAAGGAGAAUUAUAAACGUUGCUUCUUCAAAUCUAUUUAAUUUGUGGAUAAUUUAAUAUACUAGAACUUUGGUAAAAUUGUCGUGAAAACGAAGAAAAUUGUACCAUUUCCAGGAAGUUGAGAAAAGCAUGUCGAGUAAAACAUGUAAGACAGUAUCAAGACAGAAUGAAAUCGCAAGAAAGGCACCAAAGCCGGCAGAUUGGAACUUUAGUCGGCUAUUGUUGUACAUUGCAAGAAACCUUUCUGACAAAGAACUUUCAAAUCUGAAACAGAUGGCAGUUGGAAACGGGCUCCUUCAUGAAAAUCAAGUUGAGAAACUCACCUCGUGCAUGGACUUAUUUUCUGCUCUGCGUAGCAUGCAGUAUAUGGACAGCAAGAAUAUGACAUGCUUGCAGCAAAUGCUGAUGCUGAUUGAAAGAAAGGAUCUAAUUCUCAAAGCCAUUGAAUACUGUCAAAAAGAAGAAGACGGCGAAAUGGCGCGAAUGCUCAAAGCGUCUGACGAAGACUUAGAAUACGGGCACAGUUACGCUCGAUUUCAUUUUGACAACCUGGAAUCCAUUGACUGCAAUGUGAAUUUUAUCAGCUAUUUCAAAAUGAGAAUAUCUUCACUGCUUUUCGUCCCCCCUGAUCAUGUCAUAGUAUCCGGUGUUGAGGAAACCUGUGAAAACGAAGAAAAAACUCUAAACCCGUACCUUGGCAUUAUUAUAACUCUCAUGAUACCAGAUAUGUUUAUAUCAAUCUUACAAACCAUGCUAGAAGACGGGAAAAGGAUGUCAGCAAUUCGCCUUUUCGGAGUAAAGGAAGUGGUGAUUCAAAACAAGACAUAUUCACUGACUGAAGGCAGUGUACAUAGACGACAUUUUGGUCCACAUGAAUUACAUACAGAUCUGAUCCACGAGAAAUUGCUUGAUAGAGAAAGAAAGCCAGAACUUUGGGACAGGCAACUUGAAAACAAAGACAACUUUUCAAACAAUGGACAUCUUGAUAAUACCUUUAAUGAAAAACUGUCAAGAAUAAAUCAGAAGUCAGGCAUGUCGAUAACGCUUUGGAAAAACUUUGGUAUAGUAAAUGAAAAAUCAACUAAACCACAGACUAGCCACGACGAACUGCAGAGGCAAUGCCUGUAUGCAAAGGUCACUCGGCUUUAUCCCCAGCUAACCUACGAGCAAACCCCAAAACAGAAAGAAAAACAGAACAAUGGAAAUACUGAACAAUGAAAACAAUGGUAUAGAAAUAAUUACUGCAUACAUGAUUGAUGUUUCAAAUUUUAUAGUUCAUAGUUAGAAUUAUUGUAUAAACGUUUGCUAUCUUGAUAAGUAAGAUGUCUCCGUAUGCAUCAGAAAUACCAUAUUAAUAAGUGUCAUUCUUCACAUAUAUUAUUUUCUGAAAUCAGAGUUUUCGUAAUUGCAUGCCAGCAUUAAGUAAAAUUCAAGUAAUUAAUACUCAAAACCAUAGAAUUUAGGGACAGUUUAGUUCAUAGCAUAUAACAACAUUAAUAAAAUGAUAUAAGUACAUAAAGGCAUUACCUCACUAGCAGAUCAUUUUCUCAAAAAUCGUGUUUAUUUCAGCACUGAAUAUUAUAGAAGUCAUUUUAUCUUUGUUAAGCUAGUAUUUGAUAUCACAAAUGUUAUCGGCUAUAAAGUUCAGUGUAUAUAAAUUUAAAAAUAAUGUUAAGAAGUUAAUACUUUCUGCAAGACCACUUAGUUAGGUUAGUUAGUAAGACUACUUAGUGAGUGUUUGUGCUAAAACAUUCAGGUGAACAUCGAAAUUAGGAUAUUAACGUAUAUGAUUUUUACAAGCUGUUUACCAGUGUUAUCUAUGUAGGUCUUUUAUCUGCAAUGUGUAAACUACAGUAAAAGUCAUUCUAUAUCAGUUUUGCACUGCGUGAUUAACACUGUAAAAUAACUUCAAAUCUUAACAGCCGUGGUGUAUGUUUAAAAAGAUGCGGCCUAAACUUUAUUGAAGUAGUUUGAGUUUAAUUUUUAUUUCCCAUUUCUGUCAAAGGGGAGUAAUUUCAGAAAGUCUGACCUAAGGCUUGAAAAUGCCGGGCCUCCUAAAACUGAUAACAUUAAUAGUACUUAUAGUAGUAUGCAGACAGUAGUAGAUAAUAUAAUAUCUUAUUACUGUAUGGUUUGUCUUAGUAAUGUUUUAAUGAUACAGGGAUUAUGAAAUAUUUGUUUGUUUGGUUUAACGUCGCACCGACACAAUUAUAGGUUAUAGGGCGACCUUCCAGCUUUGAUGGAGGAGGAAGACCCCAGGUGCCCCACCGUGCAUUAUUUCAUCACGUGCAGGUAACGGGGUAGAACCACCGACCUUCCACAAGCCAGCAGGAUGGCUUCCUCACAUGAAGAAUUCAAGGCCCCGAGUGAGGCUCAAAUCUACAUCGAAGAGGGGCAAGUGAUUGGAAGUCAGCGAUCUUAACCACUCGGCCACGGAGGCCCCUAGAAGUAUUAUGUAUUACUUUUUUAAAAUGUAUGAAACUUAGGUUGUUAAGAUCUGCAAGAAAUUUCGUUGAUACAGUUAGUAGCGUUACGUCGAAACAGAAGUGUCCAUAUUUCUAAUAACAGAAAUGGGUGUAACAUGAAUGUAAACAAAGAACAGGUGUUCUAUUUCAAAUAACGGUCAUGGGGAUGAGAACUGGAAACAUAGAAUUGUUAUCUUAUCAUGAGUUAAGAAACUGUUUACUUUCAUAAAUAGAUAUCAGAAAAAAAUAGAAAAUGUAAUUGUUUGCAAAUGCAUUUACAUGUAUUUAAAGCUAUACGCUGAGUCUAUAAAUGCAACAAAAACAAUAGUUUGUCAUAACUGGUCCACUUCGUGUUUAUGCAAACAACAUAGAGUGAAGACGGGUUCUUUUAAGAGUGCAAAUACUGAUCACCCUAUUUAGAUAAUUUAGAGAUGGUACAUACCCAAGAAGAUUCAAGGGGUGCAACUCUGAAUUGACUAAUAAACUGAAGCCGGUAUAGAAAUAGUGAUAAAAAGUGAAACAAGAACUAAACAGCCCAUUUUCCAAACAAAUGAUCAGACAGGCAAAAUAUGACACACAUUUGUUUAAAACUCUUUAUCGCCAUAUAAAACAUGAAUACCUUUUCAUGGCUUAUUUUAUAAGCUUUCCCGAGGCCCAAGCAGAAAGAUUAGCUGCAUUAAAUCUAACAUUUCAUCAAUUUGAUUGAAAUAAUGUUACGACUUAGAAAAAAAUAAAUGCAAAUAUUUAAAGAGUUUUUAUUUUUAGCUGGAGACAUUUGCUUUUAGUGAGGAUAACCUUAUUUAGAAUAAAAACCAAAUAAAAAGUUACAAUAAAAGAGAUAAAACCUG